CAGGGGGCGGGGCCUGUGAAGGGGGCGGGGCCUCCGCGGCCCAAAGGCACCUGAAGGUGGCAGGGGUCAAUGAUGGAGCUGAAUGAGGCAGCGGCCCCCCCCCCCCCCCCGGAGGGGAAGGGGGCAGUGUUGGAGACCCCGUACGGGCCUGUGGCCGUGGCCAUGCUGGGCACCCCCCGGCCUGGGCGGCCGGUGAUCCUGACCCUGCCGGAUGUGGGGCACACCAGCUGCUCCUGCUUCGGGCCCCUCUUUGCCCUGGAGGAGAUGCAGGAAUUGCUGAGGAGCUUCCUGGUCCUGCACCUGGAUCCGCCUGGGAUGGAGGCUGGAGCUGCGCCCUACCCCCCAGCGUACCAGUACCCAUCAAUGGAGCAAUUGGCCUCGAUGCUGCCCUGCAUCCUGCAGCCCCUCAACAUCAAGAGCAUCGUUGGCAUCGGGGUCGGGGCCGGAGCCUUCGUCUUGGCCAAGUUUGGGCUCCUGCACCCGGACGCAGUGGAGGGGCUGGUGCUGGUCAACAUCGACCCCAAGGCCAAGGGCUGGAUGGACUGGGCAGCACACAAGCUCUCGGGUCUGACGAUGUCCACCAAUGAGAUGAUCCUGGCGCAUCUCUUCACCCAGGCAGAGCUGUCGGACUCCCCCCCCUACGUGCAGCAGGUCAGGCAGCACCUCGAGGGUGGCACCAACAGUGCUCACCUAUGGACCAUGUACAGCAGCCGCGGGGACCUGGGCCUGCAGCGCAGCGGGGCCGGGAGCCUGCGGUGCCCGGUCCUAUUGGUCGUUGGGGAUGAGUCCCCCCACGUGGACGCGGUGGUGGAGUGCAAUGCGAAGCUGGACCCGACCCAAACCUCCUUCCUCAAGAUGGCGGACGGAGGGGGGCAGCCCCAGAUCACGCAGCCAGCCAGGCUGACCGAAGCCUUCAAGUACUUCCUGCAGGGAAUGGGCUACAUGGCAGCGUCGGCCAUGACGCGGCUGUCCCGGUCCCGCACGGCCUCAGUGUCCAGCUCCACGUCCGGGGAGGGGGAGCGAGGCCGGAGCCGGACCCUGUCCCGGGGCAGCACCGGGGGGGGAGCGGGGGGAACCGCACCGCAGUGAGACACCGACGGAGCACCAGGGAUCCCCAUUGACAUCCAUUGAUCCCAUUGAGAACCAUUGAUCCCUAUUGAUAACC